AACGAGUCAUUCUAUAUUUGUUACUAAUCGCGGUAGGUAAUAGACCAAAAUGUCUAACAGAGAAAGUGAAACUAAUUCUGCGAGUGAAUUAAACGGUAAUGCCUGGGAGAAUGUCAUCGAAAUCGAGGAAGAUAGGAAAAAAAGCGCCAGCGAGAUCGUAGACUGCAGCCGGAAGGCGUUUUUCGCCGGGAAGUCACGGCCUUUGGAAUUCAGAAAAGAUCAGUUGAAGAAGUUGUUGGUGUUUCUGGAGGAGGAGCGGGAUGGUUUGAAUAAGGCGCUGUAUUUGGAUUUACGUAAACAUAAAAUGGAAUCCGAAGUAUGUGAAAUAGAACUCGUAGCUAACGAUUUAAGACACACGUUAUUGGACCUCAACGAAUGGGCUAAGCCUGUUAAACCAGAAAAGAGGCUGAUCAAUUUUCUUGAUGGUGUUUUUAUUUACAGUGAUCCGUAUGGAGUUGUAUUAGUUAUUGGGGCAUGGAACUAUCCAUUAUUGCUAACAUUAGGACCAGUUGUAGGUGCUAUAGCUGCAGGAAAUACUGUAAUUUUAAAACCCUCUGAAUUGGCUCCAUAUACUGCCGAUUUUCUUGCUACAGUAUUAACCAAAUACCUGGACAGACAAUGUUUUCAAGUUUAUUUAGGAGGCAUUGAAGAAACGUCCGAACUGUUGGAAGAAAAAUUUGAUUAUAUUUUUUUUACUGGUUCUACGCAGGUGGGGAAAAUUGUGAAUCUUGCAGCAGCGAAACAUUUAACCCCAGUCACUUUGGAAUUAGGUGGUAAAAGUCCAGUGUAUUUGGAUGAAUCUGCUGACAUUCAAAAAGCAACCAGAAGAAUCCUUUGGGGUAAAUUUAUAAAUAGCGGUCAAACCUGCGUUGCUCCAGACUAUCUAUUAUGCACUAAGACAACAGAAACCCAAUUUUUGCAAGAAGCCAAAAAAGUUCUUACCGAGUUUUAUGGAUCUGAUCCAAAAAGUUCGACAUAUUUAAGCAAAAUAAUUACCGAGAGACAUUUUAAAAGAUUACUGGAGUUUAUCCAACCCGAAAACGUUGCAAUCGGAGGAAAAUUUAACACUGACGAAAGGAUUAUAUCACCUACAAUUCUAAUAAAUGUUAGUUUAGACGAUCGAGUGAUGAAAGAAGAAAUUUUUGGGCCCAUUUUACCUAUUAUAAACGUGAAAAAUGCCGAGGAAGCCAUACAAUUUAUAAACGAAAGGGAAAAACCUCUUGCUCUGUAUGUUUUGGCGAAAGAUAAAAGGGUACGAGAUGCCUUUUUAACUCGAACAUCCGCUGGGGGUGUUACUGUUAAUGACACAGUAAUGCACUUAACAACGGAGAAUUUGCCAUUUGGGGGUGUAGGUUUUAGCGGAAUGGGUUCAUACCAUGGUAAACAGGGAUUCGAUACAUUUUCCCAUCAAAAGUCUGUGUUAGUAAAGGAUUUCAGUGGGUUAACGGAACUUUCACUUUCUCUGAGGUAUCCUCCUUACAAUGAUGUCAAACUAAGUAUCCUGAACUGCGUUUUAAAGAAAAGGCGUGGGAUUCCAAAUAGCUAUAUUAAAAACGCUGGAUUAUUUUCUGUUGGGUUUAUGUUUUCGUAUGCUUUUCAUUUUAUGUGGUGCCUUAUAGAUGGCUGCAAAUAUUAGAUUAGUCUUAUUUAUUAUCUAUUUAUUUUUUAAAAAAUUAUGAGUUAUUAAAUUGCCACUAAGAAGACUUUAUUUUUUUUUAACUAAGAAAUGAGUCGAUAGAUCUAGCUAUCACGCCCUGUAAUCGUUUGGUAAUCUUUAACAUGAUCUAUAUCUAUUUGGUUUUUCUCGGGUACAUAUGAAUCGCUUAUCUCAGAAAGCGACUCGAGUCAUUUUAACCAACUUUCGAGAAAUAUGUAAAAAACUGUCUGCCCUUAGUUUUUUGCCGUGAUAAUUUUUUUAUGCCAACUAUAUCUGUACAAGGAGAUUAGCACUAUUAAUUUCCAAUUUAAUAAUAUUGUCCAUUUAUAAAAAAUUUAUUAAUGUGUGUUUUUUCAUCUACUAAAUACUUUUCUGCAAUAAAAUAACAUCCAUUAAAUAAAUUACUCUAUUUUUUUCAUGCUUCAAUCAUUGUUCGUUAUAUCACAUUACAGCAUAUAUUGCUAAAACACUAAACAUCACUACAAGUUACUAUCAACACUUAUAUUCUAAUGAUUCUGCUCUGAAAUCUUUAUAAUAUCUACAAAGUACUAUCUUUUUUCUUUAAGUAAGUACUAUUAAGUUCUUAAAUAAGUACUAUUUUCUUUCUUUAGAGGUAACAUCCAAGAAGUAUAAGCUAGUGCUUUAGGAAGCUGAAUGGUUUGUGGGUCAACUUUACUAACAUUGAAAUUACUAUAGUAUUAAGCAGUAUUAUUAUUGAAAUUAAUAUUGAAAUAUUCUCGCCAUCUCCAUGAGAGAGCUGCACACUCUCAGUUGAACAGACUCUCUUCUUGAAUAGGUGAGGCCAUCAGUUAUUAAGUAUACUUCCUGUAUCUAUGAGAUUGACAGUAUUUUAGGAUUUAUCUAAUGGGGCAUUUUAUGAUGCUAAAUUUCUCAUCACAAGACAAGAAUGAAUGCCCUCUAAGAGGAAAGAAAUGUCUAAUUUUUUUUUUAAACCGGCCUUUGAUAGCAAGAGUUAAGUAUGAUUACUUACUCUUGCUAAGUAAGUAUGAGGACCCAAAUCAAAGUAUGAUUUUUAUUCUGAACCGGACAAUUUUCGGAAAUAAAUGAAUUUUAGUUGAAGAUGAAAUAUUUUCUUCAAUGUAGUCUACAAGAAAAUAAGCUACAUCAGUUACUCCUUUAUUGUUUGGCAGUCGUGAUAGUAGUGAAGUAAAACUGAAUACGUUCACUUAGGUGAGCAGAAUGGUCAUAUUAUAUAAUGUUUCCAUCGUUUCAAAAUGUCUCAUAUUUUCAUAUAAAAUUUAGUCGAUAUAACUAUUUUAUUAAUAAAAAACUUUUUUACAUUGUUUUAUUAUAUGUGUAAGAAAUCAACGAAUAACUUAACGGAUGUACGUAGUUGAUGUAAAUUUAGACGACAAUGUUAAUGGUUAAAUGUGUAAAACAUAAAUGGAAUCCUUAGAAGUGCCUUAAAAAGAAAUUUGUUAUAUUUAAUACCUAAAUGAAUGUAUUAUACUUUAGAUGUGACAAACUAAUACAUAAGUUAACACUAUUUGUUUCAAAAUCCUUUGUAAAAAAUUUGUUUAAAAUAAAUACGUGUUAUGGAUUUC